AUGCGCAAGGCAAUCGCCUCAGCCUCCCUCCUCGGCCUCGCAAGCGCAACCGUCCAAGGCUUCGAUGUGAGCAACUACCAAUCCAGCGUUGACUGGAGCGAAGCCUACAGCUCCGGCGCACGAUUCGUCAUCAUCAAGGCCACCGAGGGCACAGACUACGUCGACUCAACCUUCUCCAGCCACUACACCGGCGCCACAGACGCAGGCUUCAUCCGCGGCGGCUACCACUUUGCGCAUCCCGACGAAAGCAGCGGUGCAUAUCAGGCAAACUACUUCCUCUCCCACGGUGGCGGCUGGACCAGCGACGGCAUCACGCUUCCCGGAAUGCUGGAUAUCGAAUACAAUCCCGACGGCAGCACGUGUUACGGUCUCUCAGCCAGCGAGAUGGUGAGCUGGAUCAGCGACUUUGUCGGCACAUACCAAUCUUCGACAGGUGCUUAUCCGUUGAUUUAUACCACGGAUGAUUGGUGGAGUACCUGUACGGGGAACUCAGAGAAGUUUAGUUCUACGUGUCCAUUGGUGUUGGCUAGUUAUAAUAGUGAGCCUGGCUCGAUCCCGGGUGGGUGGCCGUAUCAGACUAUAUGGCAGAACUCGGAUAGUUAUGCCUACGGAGGGGACUCAGAUAUUUUCAAUGGCGAUGAGGCACAGCUUCAGGCAAUUGCCUCUGGUUGA